AUGCAAUCUCCUGAAUAUUCACGUACUCGCACUCGCUUUUUGGCUGCUCUUGGUCGACUCUCGACGAGGUCGAAAUCGCUCACGGGAGAAGAAGGUAGUGCGGAUGACAGCCCGGUAUUUGUCGCACCGAUAGUCAAAAGCCAGCCGCCUUAUAAUCAUAGCUCACCCACCACGUCAAUUAAUGAAACUCAGAGCUCUAGCUCUCAGAGUUCAUCUCUCAAUAUCCGCGAAAAAAACUUUUUCUCGGAGCCCACGAUACUUCAACAAAUUUCUACUACGCAAAGACGGGCUCAUCCACGAUCAGUAUCUUUAUCCAGGAUCAAAAGACCUGCUCGGUUGCGAUCUGAUACGCACACCCAUCAGCAUUACGUUCGAAGAGCUCAUCACAUCGAGGAUGACCAAGGUCCCCAAAUGAAUUUCAUUAACCCCUUUCUUGCCGGACCCCACCUCGAUUUCCCGAUGAUGUAUGGAAACGGCGUUUCACCGACGAACGAUACACCACAAAUAAUGCCCGAGGCUUCGCCGCAUUCGGAGGGACGAAGAAGAGCAAUGAGUGCCGCUCUACGACUACCCAAGAUGAUGCUUCCCAAGACAAGAGCAGCGCAAGCAUCGUCUCUUUCGAGCGGGUCUUGUGAUCAUAGAACGCUCUCAUCCACGAAAUCAUCCCCAACCAUAGAUAACCAUGGCAGUGUUUCAUUCCCCAAGUAUACCACAAAAGUUUCUCGCACGGGCGGUCAAGGCAUGCAAUCUCCUGCAUUAGGCCGUGGACUCGAAUCGAAAGUCUUUCCCUUUCCAAGUCACGCAGAGCGAUUUGAUCAUAUUCGACAACUUCUCAGCGAUGAAGAAAGUCUGUUUUAUGCGCAAGACCUGAUUUCAGACUCCUCUCAGAGAGAGACAAACCCUUGGAGCACCACGUCAACAAAGGCCUUGGAAUUUUCCGCUAAUUCGGGCGUAGGUCUUGACGCCAAAGAAUCUGAUAUCUACUCCGAAGUCACGACAUCGGAUACGGAAGCUUGCACCUUUCAUGCCUACAGUGACAAUACUCCAAUAUCAUGCAUAUCAACAGGAAGACAUCUCCCCCUCAAUCGUGGUCCUGGCAUCAGACUAUGGGCAACCCUCGCUAGUCAUGCUGAGCUAUGUGACUAUUAUCAGACAAUUUCAGAUGAUGAUGGUAGUGUUCUUGAUGCCGAGGGCUACACACCGAGUAUAUCCGCCGAUGAACAAUUAAGCCCAGUUUUUCGUUCGGCUAACACUUCUCCGGAAGCAAUAAUUUAA